GGAGUAACACGUGUGAAUUAGCCUCGCGCACGCCACACUUUGCAAAAGUGCAACUAGCAAAUUAUUUUAAUGAACAACUUAAAUCAGACUUUUGAACUUUUGCGCUGGCUUGCCUUUAUUAAGAACGUGACGUCCAGUUUUCCUCUGCGUAGCUUAAGUGUGUUUCCACUUCCAGACUAUUUUGUUUAGCUUCCGACUACUUUGACCAUCAACAGGGGACGCUUGCGCGCUACACCACAGCACUCCUCUGAGGAGACAGAAGUGUUUGUAAGCUACACAAUACUGCAAGUGCGUCUCUAACAACCAUCCGGGCACAAAGUUUAAGUAAUAAAACAUUAUUUACAUAUUUUCAUUCUUAUACCCCACAGUUUAUGCUUGGAACAUUUAAUUACGCGACCAUACAACUUACAGUUUUUACAUAUUUAUAUUAAUGCACUUAAUUCCUAACAAUAAGUAAACAGUGCAUAUCCUGGUUUAUAAUUUAAAUUGCCUGUCGCUCGUUUAAGGACCAUCCUUUAAGUAAGAUUUUUCUUGUCCGUCCACACGAGAGUGAAGAGAGCACUGACAGCAGAGACUGAGACAACAUAAAGCGCACAUGUAGUUCAUUUGCUGAGGAUUACACUCGUGACAUCUAAUCGUUCAGACUCAGAUGAAAGUGAGGUCCAGAAACAGCAGCGCGUGAAUCGAUAUAGCGCAAAGCUUUAACUUUUACAUGUUUUUUGUUGUUGUUGUUGUUGUUGUUACUUUUAAACUAAACUCAUCAGUGAUCUAGUUUGAGCCUGAUUUGUCUACCGUUUUUACUUUCUGUCAUGAAUGCAUUAGAGGAAUAAAGUCAUUUAGGCUCCAGUUCGGACUGAUUUGUGCAGACGAGCACAAUGUUGUUGUUGGUUAUAGCAUUUUAUCUAUCCUGUGCAGAAGGAAUGAAGGUUGUGGAAUUGUCAGAUGAUCCAAGUUCCCUGUUCCCUCUCGCUGUUCUUCCAAGUGUGAACUAUCAAAUCAUCAAUGCAGACUACCUUCUCCUCAGAGAGAGAAGUCAGGAUGUAAUGGACAACUCCAGCCUUCGGGCACAAAGGCAACCUUUCAUCCUCACUGGACUGAAUGGCCAGCCGACAAUCAACGUCAGCUAUGGUCCCAUGUCUUUGGAGCAGUCUAUACCACUGCAUAUGAUCCACACUGGCCCUAGGAUCCGACCAUUUAUGCUGGCCCGUCAAGUACGAUCAUCUACACCUGCCUUGUAUGUGUUGUUUUAUUUGUCCGGUAAUAGGGACGAUAUAAGCGAGGGGACGAUCCAAAACAUCCCGGAGCAGAAUGAAGGAGGGUACGUUUGUGUUACAGCAUACGCCUUCUGGGAAUCCAGGGAGGUCAAGGACAGCUGCUCCAUCUCGGCAGAUGGUGGCUUCUGCUUGGUGCACCUGAAGCCUGAGCCAGCGUGGUUCAACCCUGGAGGUGGCAGGUCGAGCUGGGAGCAGAGAGGUGAUCAAAGAGGAAAUGUUGCUGAACUUUACUACCAGAUCAGACCUAGUCCCAGUGGACAGUGUGUCCCCCAAGAAAGCAAAAUAAGAAGGGGACCACAGCAUGGUGACCUGGGACGGCAGAUCUAUGGAGCUUCCAUGAAGAGGAUUGGGACUGUAAACCUCCUGCGAUCACCCCCAGGAAACCCCACGUUUAUGCGCUUGCGCCUCGGAGGAGCCGUAAUCAUCCAGACGUCCUCGAAACCACUGAAGACCACAGACACCGCCACUUUCUACGUGUUCCUAUCAAGUACAUCACCGGUUGAACAUUUCAUACUCAGAGCCACAUCCAGAAAAGGCAUGUCAUUCAACACAGCCAGACCCAGCGACACACACCUGUGGGACAUCACUAUGGACCCUGGGAGAGGAAGUGACGCCCAAACCAUCUCUGUGUCCUGCCGGAAGAAAAGCACAUUUGCUGGCAAAAGAGGUCUGCUGGAGGUCUUGCAACUGGACUUUGAGACGGAGGAGCAGAGUGACCAGUUAGAGAGCCAGAUGAUCACGUGGCGACUGGAGCUGCCUGGAAACAUGAUAAGGGAUGAAGGGACCAUGAGGAUUUACACUAUUCAGAGAGACUAUGUGGGAAUAGCGCCUCUGAUCACGGAUACGGAGCUCCUCAACACGGCUGUGCUCACUGGUAAGAGGGUUUCUCUGCCUGUGAAAGUUUUGGGAGUUGAGGCUGAUGGCUCCAUCACGGACAUCACUAACUCUUCUCGCUGCAGGUCUUCAGACCAGGAUGUCCUGAAGGUGUCUGAGAGGUGUGAUUCUGUGUACGUCAAUGGCAAGGAGACACGUGGGAGAGUGAGGAUGAUGGUGAACUUUACCUACAGUUACCUGAACACACAGCUGGAGGUGAGCGUGUGGAUGCCUCGACUCCCCUUGCAGAUGGAGAUAUCCGAUCCAGAGCUCAGCCAGAUCAAAGCCUGGAGAGUUCCUGUCACUGGGAACAAAAGAGUGAGCUGGGACACAGAGGAAGAGGAUGAGAGGAAGGGCCGAGGCUGCAUGCUGCAGUAUCAGCACAGUUUGAUUCGAGUGCUUACGGUCUUCACUGCAAACUCACCAGAUUCAAGCAGCCCAUCUCCUGCAUAUUUCCUUAGCUCUGAUUGGCAGGUGGAUGUGACGCGACUAGUGCGCUACUUUCUGAGAGUUGGGGAUACGAGCGUUGCACGCCUGCAGGCAGGAACCGUGCUGACAGGCAAGGCUGUGGGAGUCACCACUGUGCAGGUGAUGUCCCCAUUGUCAGACUCAGUUCUGGCUGAGAGGAUGAUCCGGGUUCUGGAUGAUAAAGUCAGUAUAACAGAGCUGGGUGUGCAGCUGGUCUCUGGCCUUUCCUUGAACCUCCAGCUCAGCCCAGGAAGCAACAGGGCCAUCAUUGCCAAGACAACCACACAGGAGGUCAUACACUACCCCAAGCAGGAGGCGGUGGUUGGCUGCUGGCUGAAGUUCAGUGAUGGCUCCCAGACUCCUCUCGAUCUGUACGAUCCCAGUGGCUAUUCUCUCACUAUUUCUUCACUGGACACAAGAGUAGCAUCUGUGCGGAAGAUACUGGGGUCCGUCUUUGUUGUGGUUGCUGAAGCCGAGGGACAGGGCUUACUGCUCAGAGCAGAGCUAGCUAUCUGCGAGGCCUGUCAGAAAUCCAAACGCAAGAGCAAACUAGCUGUGGGCGGAGGCAUGGUGAAGGUGAAAUUCCCACUGGAUGAACCACUUGCAGGGACUGGCAAGAAAGAGAGCAACCGGGCCAAUGAUGAAGAUGGCAACUCCAAAUUAAUCCUUACAUCCCCUCUGAACAUGCUCCAACACACCAUUAUCCAAGAGAGCACAACAAGCGCGAUCAAAACGGCUACCAAAUCCAAUCUUCAAGAAGCAAUAGGAGGUGGCGUAUCCACAAUUAAGUCAAUAAACACUUUGGAUAAAAAUCUCAUUACCAAGCCUGUCGCAGACAGAGCGCUAGUCACCAUAAGCCCCAGAAGUCCAAUAAAGAAUGGAUAUGGAAACUUGCUUGAGAACUCCAACUUCCCAUUACCACCGGAGGAGCCCAAGCGAGAACCACCCCUUGUGGAGAGCGAUCUGAUACAGAUGUUUAGCGUGUUCACAGACAUAGAAGUCUGCAUCUACACGCUGAUAGGACUCUUUUGCUUGGCCGUUAUCUCCAUCUUGCUUCACUGUGCCACUAACAGUGCAAGAUCACGCAGCAAGAAGUCUCCGCUUCAGUGCCAGGGUCAAUCCCAGCACAGGCAUCACUGGGUACGCCUGGGUACAGCUGCAGAGCAAAGCAGAGCUGUGCCGAUCGCAACUACCUCCAAGCAGAACAUGCAGGCAGCCGUGGAGAUGCCAAGAGCCGUUCAGAUGCAGAAUAGCAAAGGCCCGGAGAUGAUCCAAUCGAGGGAGAUCCCAGCCAUUGCAGUUGAGGAGAGAACUGCUACUCUAGGACGAAGGACCAACACGCUUCCUCCAAGGCGGGAUCCGAUGGCUCCGAUGGCUCCAAUGGCUGUCAGAUCAGCCACCCUGCUGGCAAGGCCCGUUCGAAGCGAACCUCUACAUUCUCCCACAAGCAAAAGGAAUCAAGUCCAGUUCACAACCUUCACUACUCUAGACAUCAAACAUCUGGCUGCUCUCAAGAAGAGCGGCCAGAACUUGAGCUGGGCCAGCCAACCGGCUGGAGGUUUACAGGCUGCCAGUGUCGGCCAGGGUGGGUUAAAUGGUAAGGCCGAAAGAGUCAAUCAUGUACAUUUUUGCAGCCCAGUGGAAGUGUUUGGUCAGACACCAGAAUCCACAGAGUCCAAGGGCAUUCUUCCAGAAGGUCCAUGGCCUGUGGCUACACCAGUGUCAAACGUGUGACACACAACAGCUCUAUUGGCCUGAUUCAUGAAACACAAGCAGUCUGUGUAAAUUGUCCAUAAAUCCAUUUUGCAUAAAUUGUUGCAUUGAACUGAAUGCCACAAUUUUUAUAGGAAUGUUUUAUGAACAAUUUAACACAGAAAUAGUUUUUCACAAAUGAGGUCCUGUGUGGAUGUGUAUGCAUGUCUGAAAAGUUUCUCUAAAUCUGAUGUAAAUAUUUCUGCGACUUUUCACAAAGUUUUUACUUUCCUGCUUUUGUAUAUUUGUAUUAUUAUUAAAAUCGUUAGAAAUAGAUCACAACAAAUUCUUAAAAUAUAUAUAUAUAUGAUAAUAUAUUAUGAAAUUUGUUCUAUAUUGUGCAUCCCUUAUUGUUUAAACAAGCAAAAACAUGUAAUUAAAUAAUUGAAUGUGUAUAACAGUUGAAAUGUAUUAUAAAAAUAUAAACUUGUAAUUAUUGAGCUUAUUUAAUAAUAAAAAUUAUUAUAAAAAAAUACGAAUAAAUUACAUUUUUACUUCCGAGUAUAAACUACACUGCAAAUCAUAGCUCCCGUUUUCAGUGUUAACUAUUGGUUUUCUGCUUUUAUGUAUUCAUCAAAUAAAGUGUCUAACAGUGAA